AUGGGUCUACUAGCUGGUGAGGAGGGAGCUACGGAGCCUGGUGAGGAGGGAGCUACGGAGCCCGGGGACGACUGGGGUGAAGAGGAGGCCAGCUGGAAGGACCAAUGGCAGGCUUCGAAGUGGCAGGAGGAGCCCGAAGAGUGGCCCCAGGAGCCCGAGGAGUGGCCCCAGGAGGCCCAGGAUUGGUCUCAGCAGCCCCAGGAUUGGUCUCAGGAGCCCCAGGCAGAAGAGUCAGAGCAGUGGAACAAGGAUCCUGAAGAGGAAGUUGAAGAGCAGGCCUUGAAGCUGAAGGAGGGAGGAAGCUUCCGUGCGUCGGAGGACCUCGAAGUGCGUCAGGCACCUGCGUUGAGCAGCAGCCUCUUGUACCAUGUGCAUGCGGGAAACAUGGUCCACGUGCAAGGCCAAGCGACAGUCUUGGUGGAUGGGCUCCGGCGGGUCCCCAUUCGACCCAGGGGUUGGGUCAACGCGGACUUGUUGGAAGCCGUGGCCGGCCCUGAACUUGGAAGCCGUGGCGGGUGA